GGAGGAAGGGCGCGCCAGUCCCUCCCUGUGGGCUGUGAGGGCCGCCUGUCCUUGGCGACCGUGCGUCUGUGGCCGCAGCCUGUCUCUUGGGGUAGGGAGUCAAAAGACUCCAGCGGGCGAGGUUGCUCCCCUCAUCCUGGGCCGAAGCAGGGAGGUGAGGGGCUGGGGAUUUGACAAGUGGAGGCGAAAUGAUCUGCCACCCGAAAUCUCACCCAGGCUGUCUGACGCUGCUCUGCUGCAGGAGCACAAAACUCCCUAGUGGGAUGUUAGUCGGAGAAUAGAGUAUUGCCCUCACAGGUGUCGAGUUCAGUGACUUAAGUCAACUAGGGAGGAAGAUUCUGACUAAUCAAUUAACCAGUUAAACAUUAGGGUGACCUGACUUAGUAGAGUGCUGGGUGGGCUUGCCUCCAAGACUUGGUCCUCCCAACCCCUAUGCUGGGGCUACCUCCAGCUCCUGCCUAGGGCUGGGGCUGUUGCUGGCUCCUGACUACCCUGGGACUGGGGCUAAUACCAGCUUCUUCCUCCUCUUCCCGCAUGCACACUGGGGCUGCCACAGUGCAUGGGGGCCAGGCAGGGUUGGAAGAGCCGUCUGCCCACAGUCUCUGUGAGGCUACUCCUGGGUGCUGAUUAACCGGUUACCCAUGCAUUUUCCCCACUACUAACAUCUGUGUGGAAAGUGCUGUUAAUCUUAAUAUUGGGUUUUAAUAUUUAAUCUUGACAUUGGGGUUUGUUUUUUAACAAGAUUUCUGUUCUGAAAAGAUUUUGGAAAGAGCAAAACUAAUCUAUGUAAGGAUAAUAUCUUCCAUCUGUCUCAGUGUAUUUCACAAACUAUAGCAGCACACUCUUCUGCAUAUUAAACAAAUGUGCCACAUUUCUUCUGUUUGUACACCUCAAUGUUACACGAUAAGCUAGAAUGAGAAGAGCCUAGGUUUUAAGUAUUUAGUAAAUGCUUAAAGUAUGCAAACCCAAUUAAAAAUUGAUCAGAAUAUUUUCAUAAUCUGUUGAAAAUUUCAGAACUGAAUUCUGGCUUCACCGUAAAUCUUUUCAGUUGCUUAUGAAGUUUCUGAUAUUAAAGCUGCACUACUGAAAUGAAGAAAAGGAGAAAGCUCCCUGGAAAUCUAAAUGAGAAGAUACAUCUUAGCCAUGAGAAAAAUAUUUCAGAUGGGAUUUUUGUAGUAGAUUCUGACCAAGAACCUGCCACCAAAUCUGCAGAAGUACCUGUUGUAGACCAGGUUGAAUGUUCCCAAGAACUUCCUCCAUCACCAGAAGAAAGGAAACUCUUAAGUUCGCUGCAGUAUAAUAAAAAUCUACUUAAAUAUUUAAAUGAUGAUAGACAGAAGCAACCAUCUUUUUGUGACUUACUCAUAAUAGUAGAAGGAAAAGAAUUUAAUGCACAUAAAGUUGUUGUAGCUGUUGGCAGUAGUUAUUUUCAUGCUUGUUUGAGCAAAAACCCAAGUACGGAUGUUGUCACACUGGAUCAUGUAACUCCCUCUGUUUUUCAGCAUUUGCUUGAAUUUUUGUAUACUUCUGAGUUUUUUGUGUAUAAAAAUGAAAUCCCUUCAGUGUUGGAAGCAGCAAAAUUUUUAGACAUUAUAGAUGCAGUCAAACUGCUCAAUAAUGAAAAUAUCUCCAGCUUACAAUCUGAAGUAGUAACUGAAAACCCAAUACCAGCUGAAACUGUCAAUGAAUUGACUGGUAAACUAUCAAAUAGUAAUCAGUGCACUUUUUGUAGUCGAAGCUUCUGUUACAAGAAAUCAUUAGAAAACCACUUGGCAAAAGCACACAGAUCCCUUCCACAGGAAAAAAACCAUGGACUAAAAAUGGUUGAGAGAGAAGACUUUUCUACCAGAAGAUCUACAAGGAACCGUAAAUGUCCAGCUAAGUUUGAUAACAGUGAUAAUGAAAGCAGUGAUGUAUCUGACAGCAACUUAGAUAAAGUCUCUUCUGAGAGAGAAACAUCUGUUAAAAAUGAAUUUGAAGAUAGUGGAAGUGAGUGCAAUGCAGACGAAGAGGGUCAGGAAGAAGAAAUAUCAGAUGAAGAUUCUGAGACUGAAGAGCAAAGUAAAAAAGAUGCUACUGAAGCGAGUCCUGAGCCAGUUGAGUCUGUAGGAAAUAUUCCUGAAGGCUUAGCUCCAAUUAUCAUUCAGAGUAGUAGCAAAAAACUGUUGCAGUGUCCCAAGUGUGACAAAACAUUUGAUAGAACAGGGAAGCUUGAGAUCCAUACCCGUGUGCACACAGGUGAGAAGCCAUUCGAGUGUGAUAUUUGUCAUCAGCGGUAUUCCACAAAAUCUAACCUGACAGUUCACAGAAAAAAACACAAUAAUGAAACAGAAUUUCAUAAGAAGGAGCACAAAUGUCCAUACUGUAAUAAAUUGCAUGCAAGCAAAAAGACCCUAGCAAAACAUGUGAAGAGGUUUCAUCCAGAGAAUGUACAAGAAUUUCUUUCACUUAAAAAGACAAAAAGUGAAGGCUGGAAAUGUGAUAUUUGUAAGAAAUCUUUUGCUCGAAGACCCCAUUUGGAAGAACAUAUGAUUCUUCACACUCAGGAUAAACCCUUCAAGUGUACCUAUUGUGAUGAGCACUUUAAAUCCCGGUUUGCAAGAUUGAAGCAUCAAGAAAAAUUCCAUCUUGGCCCUUUCCCAUGUGAUAUUUGCGGUCGUCAGUUCAAUGACACUAGAAAUCUAAAACGCCAUAUAGAAUGUACUCAUGGGGGAAAGAGAAAAUGGGUGUGUUUUAUAUGUGGAAAAUCAGUCAGAGAAAGGACAACUUUGAAAGAACAUAUGAGAAUUCAUAGUGGGGAGAAGCCUCAUCUUUGUAGUAUUUGUGGGCAGAGUUUUCGCCAUGGAAGCUCCUACAGACUUCAUCUGCGUGUUCACCAUAAUGACAAGAGGUAUGAAUGUGAAGAAUGUGGGAAAACAUUUAUUCGGCAUGACCAUCUAACAAAACACAAAAAAAUACACUCAGGUGAAAAAGCACAUCAGUGUGAGGAGUGUGGAAAGUGUUUUGGCCGCAGAGACCAUCUAACUGUCCAUUACAAAAGUGUUCAUCUAGGCGAGAAAGUGUGGCAAAAAUAUAAAACAACAUUUCAUCAGUGUGAUGUCUGCAAGAAAGUUGUUAAAGGGAAAUCAAGUUUGGAAAUGCAUUUUAGGACACAUUCAGGUGAGAAGCCAUAUGAAUGUCAAAUUUGUAGUCAGUCCUUCAGAAUUAAGAAGACAUUAACAAAACACAUGGUUAUUCAUUCAGAGGCUCGACCUUUUAACUGCCAGCAUUGCAAUGCAACAUUUAAACGAAAAGACAAAUUGAAAUACCAUAUUGACCAUGUGCAUGGAACAAAGGCUGCAGAAGAAAUAGUAACCACAUCUGAGGAAAAAGUAAUCUCCUUACCGGUACAAUAUAGCUCUGAUGACAAACUUUUCCAAACUGAUUCUAAACCAUAUAUGGAGCAGCCUGAAGUUUAUGAAACAGAAGCGAAGCCUAUGCUACAGAAUGUACCAACAGAAGUAUGUGUGCCGGUAACACUGGUGCCAGUUCAAAUGCGAGAACCUCAAGCUGAUCUAAUACAACAUACCACUACUCUCUCACCCCAGUCUCAUGGCAUUCUUCCCCCACAGGCUCAGCAGCCAGAUUAUCAACGAGCAACAGAUCUGGCAUUUCUGGAAAAAUAUACUCUCACUCCCCAGCCUGCAAAUAUAGUUCAUCCUGUCAGACCUGAGCAACUGUUGGAUCCUAGAGACCAGUCUUACCUUGGAACUUUAUUAGGGCUUGAUACUGCUCCAGCUGUUACCAAUAUAUCAAAUAACGAACAUUCAUGAUCAGGUUGUAACAUUCCACCUAAUUUACUAAGCCAUUGGUCACCAGAAAGUCAAUAUGGCUAUUGAGUUUUUUAGUUUAUUUGGACUUCUAGUCUUCUGAACAAUUUUGUGUAGUGCAAGGAAAAAAAUUGAUUUGUUUACAUAUAUGACCAUUAAGACUAUUUUAUGUAUAUUUAUAGUGUUUCCUGUGGUUUUAAAGACUUUUAAAUCAUAUAAAAGGUCUUUUGAAAAUAGGUUCUCGAAUAUCAUUUAAGAAUACUAGCUGCAGCAAACAUUAAUCCCUUACCUGGCCAUUAAUGAAAAUAACUGUUCACUUUCCAAAUAAAUGUUUCUGUGGGUAAUGGAAAGCAUACUAGAAGACUUAAGGUUAUGGCCAAUUCAUUAAAGUCAUGAUUGGAAAGGAACAUGAAAUUAAACCUCUUAAUACCUCACCUUAAAUUAAAAUUUAAUGUAAUCCUAGACAAACUUAGUAAAAAAAAAUGUAAUCAUAAUUCAUAUGUUUAGUGGAAUUUGAUUAUAAACGAUAUUCGUGGUCUCUUAACCUUGGUUGUCUUCUAGAACAUUUCCAACAUUUGGGCCUUUAAAAGGUUGAGAAAUUUCACCCUCAGGCAGUAAUUAAAGAUAGGAAUAGUUCAAUUGUUAAGGAGCACGGAGUCAAACCAAGCUGAAGCCCUUACAAAUAUACUGAUUUCCACAUUACUGCUGUGUAAAGUAAUUGGGGGGAAAAAAACCUUUUCAGAAAAUUAAUGUAUUUAAAUUUAUUAAGAGAUUAAUGAAAUUGGCAAUUAUCAGUCUUCAUUUGGCUUCUGGGAAGAAUGUGAAAGGAAGUAAUUUGCUUUUUCAUGUUAUGUGAUAUACAUAAUAUAUGUGACAAAUAAUUAAGAAGAAGAAAGGAGAUUAGAACAUGUAAGGGGUCUAACUAUUCUUUUAGUGUUUCCUUACUGUUUUCUUAAUGUAGAACCAUAUCUCAUCCACUAUCUAGAAAUUUUAAAUUAAAUCCUACAAAUUCUCUUCUAAGUAGACGUGUGCAAAUCUAUGGAUCAUUUUUGCGUAUUAUGGAUUGGAUGCACAUACAAACUUUGUAUUUAUAUAAGGCUCUACUUCUAACCUCAUUCUCAAAACAAUACUUUCAUUUUUGUAGACUCAGUCUUACACCAAAGGAAAUACACAAGUAUGAUUCUAUUAUAUCUUAGUUAUGUCUCAUUAGGAAUUCUUUUUUAAAUUAAACUUUCCCUGCAUUCCUUAAAAAUCUGGAUCUCUCACUUAUAUUACUGUAAGUUAUGUUUAUCCAAUUUCUAAAUCGUGAAACUGGAAGUUCAUUUGCUAUGGUCAGUUACUGUUAAACGUUUUCAUUUGGUAGGAGCAUAAGUAAUCUCUGAAAAAAAUCAUACUGUUACUACAAAUUCUUAAUGAACCUAUCCUGUAAAAUGUUAAUUAACUUCGCAUGAGGAAUUUGAAUGCUUUGCAGGACUGGGGCUAGAGCUGGGUGUCUGGUAAUGUUGAAAAGCUUUUCAACUUGAGUCUCACCUAAGUGCACCAAAGAUUUUCUAUUUGCAGUUGCAUUAUAGUAGGAUGCAUAGAAUUUAAUGUAUUAUUUAAAUAAGGACUUGUCCAAAGAAGCACAAUAGAAGUCCUAGACAUACAGAUCUUUAAAAUUCAGUACCUAUAAUAGAACUAAGAGUAUGUUUAACUGUUUUGUGUUAUAUGUACAAAGCAAGAUUAGAGAUAAAUACUUGGAGAAUGUUCAUACUGAGAUGCUGUGCAUAUACGUCAAGUAAAAAGAUGAGUACUAAUUAAUAUACAAAAAUAUUCAAGCUAUUGAAUGCCACCUUCUAAAAAGACACUCUCAAGCACUGUACUCCCUGCUUGUCCUCUGAAAAAAAUAAAGUUACGACCACCAUGUUUACACCUCAAUGGACAAAAAUAUAGUUGAAUUUCAAAUUUUCAAGUUGACAAGCACUGGAUUAUUUUACUCCUUUGAACAUUGAUAUUGUGUAUGCAACACAAGUCAAUGUGCUUUCCAACGUUUAUGUUCAUAUCUUUAAAGACUAGCUAACUGAUAAACUAACAUCAGUGCUGUGAGCACAGUUCUGAGACUGAUAGUCUAACUGCAUCAUUUACUGACUCUUUGUCUGCAAUGAGGAGAGGAUUGCAAUUAAAUAGGUAUACAAAUAUUUGUAGUUACGUUUUUUGUUUUUUUUUAAUUCGAUCAGUCUGUAACACACUUAACAUUAUUUAAAUGUUGAGAUUGAAUUUGGGGCAUAUAUUAGUGCUCUUUUAAGUCUGUUAGGAUUGUGCCUAUUUAUACAUGUACUGUUCACUUUAGUUGAUAAUUAAAUAAAACAAAGUCAAUAUUUUCAAAAGUGCCUAGUGACUUUGGGUGCUCAACUUGAGACACUUUAGAAGUGUUUAAGUUGAGUACCCCAAAUCAUUAAUUCUCUUUAAAAUGUUGGCCUAAUAGUUCUUUAGUGCAGUUUUACAAUUAGCCAGUUUGCCUCUUCACCAUGUAGUCAGGCUCAAUUAUUUCCAGUGAAGGAAAAAUAGUUCAGGCAGGAAAACUUACAUAAAAGUGCUAGAUUAAAAUAGUUUGUUUUAUAUAUGCUGGGUUUUGAUUCUUAUGGUGUAUGGGUAUAGUGAAUUUGCAUAUGAGUUAAGUAAAUCUCCAUGGACUGGUACUUCAUUGUGUAAGGAGGAAUGGAUGAUCUUCAACCUGACAGAAUAAAACGUCCGGGCCCCGAGAGAAGUAUGAACCAUCUUGACUGCAUAGACCAGAACUCCUUUGGUCAUGGUACUUUCGUAUCAAUAAACACAUCUUUGUACCUAUUUAACAAGAACAUGUUCAGUAAGCAUUGAAAGAGUUUUCAAAAUUAAGGCUGUUUUAAUUUGGUAGCAUAGACUCAGCUCACCACUUAGAGCUGAAAGAGGAAGUGGAUGUCUUUAAAAAUGUCACUUUCUGAUCGGUGCCAAAGGUUUUAAAGUUGUUUUUGUGGGUGGGGAAAAAAAUUUUUUGGAGGAAAAUUUGUGCUCUAAGUCUUUCUGUAAAAUUUUCUUUAUCUUACACGCUUGGCUGUAAUUCUGUAUAAAUCACUGCAUUUAUAUCUGUUUGAAUAUUGCAUAUCUUUCAAAAAUUAACUUCCCUCAUAUUUACUUUGUCACUGGUUAUUCCAGCAUAUCAAACCUUUCAAUGGGUUUUAUAUAUAUAUUUUUAAUUUUUAAGAAAUCCUUCCUGAUCAUUGCUACUUUUUCUACAAUACUAUCAAUUUCCCUGGCUGUCCUCAUUCUGAACAGCAGCAGCAAUAGUGUACACAACAAUAUAAUCCCUUUAAACAUAAAAUAAUUACCCUACUUUUAAAUUUGCAUAAUUUUUAGAGACUAAUCAUGUCACACAUACCCUUCAGAAAUAAAGGUCUUAAAAUGUAAAGAAAAGACACUGUAGUCAUCAUUCCUGGUGAGAAACAUGUUGAGAACUGGAUUUUCCAGGCAGGUCAUUUGUUCCAGUAUCCAAAUCAUAAUGUUCCAGAGCAAGUCAACAGUCUCUUUAGAAUGUGUUUGUUGGAGUUUAAAAUUCAUUAUUUUUUCCCCUUUUAAAAAUGGAACUUGCUUGUAAAGCAGACGUGAACUGUGAGAAUCUAGUUGCUGGAGAAGGGAAAGGCAGGUACUUUGAUAAAAACCAUAACUAUCCUUUCUAUUUCAUAACUUUUCUGAUGCAUUAUAGGAGACUGUUUUCAAACUGACGUUCCCCAUAACAAACCAUGUUUUAAAACGUUAAACUUUUUUAUAUCAAAAGCAAAAUAAAAAUAUAAUGGCAAUACUUUGCCACUGUUGUAUGAAAUACUGCGUUUUGAGUGUGAGCUGUAUAGGUUGAUAUUUUAGGUGGAAGUCUUUUUAAGUACAACUUGCCAUUUUUUAGUGAAAUCUCUGCUCUAAAACAUUGUGAUUGUAGUCUGUAUAAUUGUCUGUGUAAUUCUGUUCAAUAUUAAAUAUCUAAAAUUC